AUGAAUAUUUCGUCGUACAUAUUUUCAAUUUUACUUUCAUUUAUGCUGUACGAAUUAUUCUUCACAGCUCUCAUAGGAGUCUCAUGGGGCUCAUUUUUUCUUCUAAACGGCCUGACCCACCACGGAAGAAGCUCGCACCUCCUCCCAAAUGUCCCGGGCCGUCUCAACAAAGACCUUUUCAUUCUCUUCUACUUAAAUGGCAUUCUGUUCUUUGGCGCUCUCUGGUAUUUCAAAGCUGUUUCCACAAGCACUAUCUUGCUGGGCGCGCACAUAUGCAGAAGACUCAUUGAGUCCGCAGUGUACACCUACAACAGCAGAAGCAGCAUGAACAUCCUGCACCUUGCCACAGGAAUUGUUUACUAUCCCGUGCUUCUCGUCAGAUCACUGGGCAGUAAGUCAGCGAACAUUCCCGUCUUUGCAGUGGCAAGCUUUGUGCAGGGCGCUCUUCACUACUGUCUGUUUAAAAAGAGAAAAAGCGUUAGAUAUCUCCACUAUCUCUGUGAGCUGAUAAUACACUGCUCGAUAAACAUGGACUACCUGAAUGCUGCUUGGAUUAUCUCGUUUAGUGCAAUAAAUAUGCUAAAUAGGAAUAAAUAA